AUGCCCUAAAAAAACCCCAAAACAAAAGCAACGCCUACCUCCUUGAAAACCCUGCCAAAACCCUCAUCAUCAUCAAUUAUCAAUGGGGUUCAAGAAAGAUAGCAGCAGCAAGAAAAGAAAGACACCCACAAAAGGCGGCGGAGAUGGAGGCAAAUUCAGUCCAAAGAAGAAACUAAAAACACCACCCACUUCAUCAGACACAACAACACAACAACUAAAAAACAAACCUUUUAAAAAACCAUUUAGUAAAACUGUUGGUGGUGAUGGUGGUGGUUUUGGUAAGCCGAAGUUUAAUAAUAAACAAGAUGUAGCUCAUGAUGCCCCGAAAACUAAAAAAGAACUUCGUAUUCAAGCCAAGGAGCUUGCUGAAGCUAGGAAGAAAAAGAGGAGGCCUCAUUAUACACUUGAGCAAGAGCUUGCUUCACUAUGGGAAAAGAUGAGGCGCCGCAAUAUUGCAAAAGAAGAUAGAUCAAAGUUGGUGAGCGAGGGUUUAAAGAAGAUGAAAGGCAAAAUUCCUGAAAUUGCAGGCUCCCAUGUUUCUUGUCGUGUACUUCAGACAUGUGCCAAGUAUUGUUCACAAGAUGAAAGGAAUGCCGUUUAUGCGGAACUUCGGCCACACUUUCUCAGCCUUGCUUGCAACACCUAUGCAGUGCAUCUAAUUACAAAGCUGUUGGAUAAUGCCUCAAAGGAACAACUGGCGGACUUUAUUUCUUCUCUGCGUGGGCAUGUUGCUCCUCUUUUACGCCAUAUGGUUGGUUCAGUUGUUGCUGAACAUGCUUAUCAAUUGGGAAAUGCUACUCAAAAACAAUCUCUUCUCAUGGAAUUAUAUUCUACCGAGCUUCAGUUAUUUAAAGAUCUAGCUUUAGUGAAAGAACGCAGGAUAGUGGAUAUAAUUUCCAAGCUGAAUUUGCAAAAAUCAGCUGUAGUGAGGCAUAUGUCUGCUGUGCUUCAACCAAUUCUGGAGAAAGGGAUAGUAGAUCACUCUAUCUUACACAAGACAAUUGUAGAGUACUUUACAAUUGCUGACAAGACCUCUGCUGCAGAUGUUAUUCAACAUUUAGCAAGUGCACUUCUUGUGAGGAUGAUUCAUACAAAGGAUGGAUCCAAGAUUGGGAUUCUCUGCGUCAAGCAUGGCAGUGCUCAGGAAAGAAAGAAAAUCACUAAAGGAAUGAAGGGUCACGUCAGUAAGAUAGCUUUAGAUAGAUUUGGCAGCAUGGUGCUUACAUGUAUUCUAUCAGUUGUUGAUGAUACACAAUUAGUUAAAAAGAUUAUCAUUCGUGAACUCCAAGCAGUACUGAAGGAGCUGAUUUUAGAUAAGAAUGGAAGGCACCCUUUAUUGCAACUUCUUCAUCCAAAUUGCUCGCGUUAUCUCAGUCCAGAUGAUUUAUCUUUGUUGGAUUCGUCUAUACCUUCAUUAGUUGUCAAGAGCGAAUCAGAACUCGAAACCAAAGUAAAAUCUUCAGAGGCUGAAGGUGAUGAAGACAUGAGUGAUACGGAGGCUUUGGGUGGAUCAGGACCCAAUGCUGAAGUCAAAUCCCCGGGGGCUGAAGGUGAUGAAGACAUGAGUGAUGCAAAUGAAAAUGUAAAAUCUAUAGCGGGUGGGAAAAAAGAUCCCAUUUUAAGAAGAAGAGAGUUGUUGGUUGAUAGUGGACUUGCCGAGAGUCUCAUUGAUGCAUGUUCUGAGAGUGUGGAAGAGUUACUUAGAUCAAAUUUUGGAAAAGAGGUCUUGUUUGAGGUUGCUUCAGGGGGCGCAGACGGCAUUCUCCACCCACAUUUGGAUGAAAAGUUAAAAUCGUUACAUGAAGCUAUAGCAUCUAAGGUGGCAAUCCCUAAAUCAGAAGGACAGGAAGAGGAGCAUCUUCUGGAGAACUUCCAUUCUAGCAGAACAAUCAGAAAAUUAAUACUAGAAUGUCCAUCUUUCGCAACCAUUUUGUGGGAGAAAGUUUUCAAGGGGAAAUGCAAGACUUGGGCCCAAGGUCACAGUGCGAAGGUAGUUUGUGCAUACUUGGAAACUUCAGAUCCAAAGGUGCUAAAACUGACUAAGAAAGAACUGAAGCCCUUGCUAGACAAAGGUGUGCUUAAAUUACCGGAGCAAAGUCAAACAAAAAAAGCUGACUAAACAACAGACCCAGAUGAGCCCAGAACUAAAUUUUAUCCAAACUAUGUGCAUUACUCGAUGAGUAAAACACAAGAGUAUUGUAGUUCACUUUAGAAUUCAAAUACCGUUUUGUCUACAAAUUUGUAACUCAAAAUUUUGUUUUAUAUCACUAUUUUGUUAAAAACUUGUUUUGCAUAUUAAGAGUAUACGGUCUCUUUUGGAUGGC